UGAUUCGCCACAAACUCUCUCGUGUUCGGUCACUGCUUUGAAAUGGUUAUUCUAAAAGGAAUCCCAUCCAUACUUACUCCUGAAUUAUUGUAUGUUUUGGCGCAAAUGGGUCAUGGAGAUGAACUAGUUCUUGCAGACGCAAAUUUUCCAACCUCAUCUGUUUGUAAAUGUGGUCCAGUGGAGAUAAGAGCGGAUGGAGUAGGUAUACCAGAACUUCUGAAGGCAAUAUUGAAGCUUUUUCCACUUGAUACAUAUGAUGAUUCGGCAGCUGUCAUGGACCUUGUGCCGAGUGACAAAUUAAAGGGGCUGAAAGUGCCGGUAUGGGACCAGUACUCUGACCUCCUGAAACAAGCAGGAUCAGAUGGUAGCUUCAAGUUUGUUGAGCGGUUUGCAUUUUACGAGCGUGCCAAGAAGGCAUUUGCUGUAGUAGCAACUGGGGAGACUGCACUGUAUGGAAAUGUCAUCAUCAAGAAAGGUGUCAUUCCGCCUGGUGAACAGUGCUGAAAGAAGGUUUUCAGUGCUGGCGUUAUUACACCAAAAUUCCUAUAGAUAACAUGCAGAAUAGCUUUAUAUAAAAAAGAUUGUAUAUAUAAUGUGUGUUAAUUUAAUGCCAUCCUUUAUAUAUUUUGAUUACAAAAAUUACUCUGUUGUUAAUUUUUCAACAAGUUCAAAUAUUUUCUGUACUGUGAUGUUGUAAGACAAUUAAUAUUAAUAAAUAGAUUAGAGAAAACCAUACAAUAAAAUACAAAUUGAAAGUACAUUUCAGUUGUAUCAACUAUAUUUUCUUUUAUGAAAAAAAAAAUGCUUUGUGAAAUGAAAGUCAGUUUGUUUAACCUUUAAACAUUUGAUCACAAAGUUUAAAUAUACCUGGACAAAUUUAGCAUUUCUUGGGCAACAGGUGUAACUCAAACCCCACCUGUAGCAUUUCAUUUUGUUGCCCAUUGUUUUGUGAAUUAACAGUUCUGUGAAUGUUCUUGUUAGGACUAUGGAAAUGUAAAAUGUUUGCUUUUCUUAUAUAUUGCCUUAGUAAAUGCUUUCUACUUUUUAAAGGUUUUUAUAAUUAUUUUAUUUA